CACUUCCACAUGCUGAAAUUGUGUUUCUUCAUCUGUUUGAUAUACUGGGUGAAAUCAGAUGAGGAAGAAAAAUGUCCUGAAUUUACAGACCUUAACAUAGGCGAUGCUUUGUCUGGAACAGAACUCCAGGUUCAACUACUCCUAUACACAAGGGAAAAUCGAGAUUGUGCUGAGAGACUCAUUGAACACAAUGUUACUGCAUCUGAGUAUCUGAAUACAAACAAGAAAAUUGUCUUUGUCAUUCAUGGCUUCAGGCCAACAGGAUCUCCUCCAGCAUGGCUGGGCAACAUGAAGAAGCUUUUACUGUCUUCAGAGGAUAUUAAUCUCAUUAUAGUUGAUUGGAAUCGUGGUGCUACCACAGUGAAUUACAAAACGGCUGUGGAAAACUGCAGAAAAGUUGCAGAAAUACUGAAGAAUUAUGUUGACCAGAUGCUGGUGGGUGGAGCUUCUCUUGACUCUCUGUAUAUGAUUGGAGUUAGUCUUGGUGCUCAUAUAGCUGGUUUUGUUGGCCAGAAGUAUAAUGGCAAACUUGGCAGAAUUACAGGUCUGGAUCCAGCAGGCCCUUCAUUCACUGGAGAACCACCAGAGCGCAGACUGGAUCCUACUGAUGCACAGUUUGUGGAUGUAAUCCAUUCAGAUAUUGAUGUACUAGGUUUCAAGAAGCCUUUAGGAACCAUUGAUUUCUAUCCAAAUGGAGGAAUGGAUCAGCCUGGUUGUCCAAAAACAUUUUUCAGUGGACUUCAGUAUUUUAAAUGUGACCAUCAGAGAUCUGUCUUCCUCUUCUUAGCAUCUUUGAAAAGCAAGUGUGACAUAAUAACAUAUCCUUGUGACUCUUAUCUGGAUUACAAGAGAGGAAAAUGUGUUGAUUGUGAUGCUUUCCAGCCAAUGUCCUGCCCAGUAGUGGGUUAUCAUGCUGAUAGGUGGAAAAAACUGUUGAUACCAUAUCGUUCACCAACAAAAACUUACUUCGAUACCUCAGACCAAGACCCAUUCUGCAUGUAUAACUACUUACUAGACAUUACUACCUGGAAUAAAAGCAUUAGGAGAGGUUUCAUUAAAGUUAAAAUAAUAGAUGAUGCUGGAAACACAGUAGAGUCACAGAUGAACAGUGAAGCUUCAACAUUUCAGCAAUAUAAAAGAGUCAAAAUACUGACUGGAUUUUACCGAGACAUUGAAAAAAUUGCAAAAAUUUCCUUGACCUUUUCUACGAAGACUUUAAUAGGCCCAAAACGAAAGCUUAGGAUUCUUCAGAUGAAACUGAAAUCUCUCAAUAAUCCAAAAAGGCUACAGCUGUGCAGAUACGAUUUUGUACUGAUGGAGAACACUGAAGUGACCUUCAAACCUAUCCCUUGCUUUGAGAGAAGUACAUGAAAGGAGAGCUACUACUAACCUAAUUUCUCUCAGGGCA